AUGGGAAAUGAAGGCAGAAGGAAGAAGGAAAGACCAAAGCGACGUAAACAGGUUUAUGAUUUACCAAACUUAGUUUACCGAGGUCAAGAAAUAAAUAAAUAUAACGAACACUCAUUUCCAUAUACGUAUGGCUCAGGUCCUAUGAGACACUUCGCUCGAUACACGUUACACAGCAUUGUUUUAUUGAUAGCGGCAAAUUGUGGAACGACUAAUUCCCACCAGUGUGAUUAUAUGAAAUCAUGUCCUUAUUGGAUCAUCUCCGAUAGUUCUACUCUAGGUGUAAUAUUAUGUUAUCCUGAACAGAUAGAUCAAGAUUUAAGACCAUAG